GCCUUUUCUCUCCCUUUCAAAUGGAAACGUACGACUUUUUCAUCUCUCCUGAUCUCCUCCGCCGUCUCCUCCUCCCGACUUGAUCUUCAUGGCUGCCACACAACAACAACCCAACUUCUCCUCCUCUUCCUCUCUCCGCCGCUCCUUGUCAGACUCCAACACGCGCCGCCGCCAACGCCGCCAUUGGAGCAUCUCCACAGCCUCCUCCUCCUCAAAAUCCUCCUGGUCCACAAAGCUAGCCAAACUCCUAGCCCGCCUGAACCUCUUCUCCCGGAACUCCGACUUGACGGAAGAAAGCCUCCAAGCCCACAACGAACGAAUCGACGACCUCGAUAAAACCCCCCUUAAAUCCAGCCCUUAUUACCGCGGCCUCACUGACUCCUCCCUCGCCAUCAAUUACCACCAUGGCCCACUCACCACCACCCACGUCACCACUGGUCCCCACCACUACGCCAGCUCAACAACCACGGCCCAAACUCAAACCUCUCUCUCAUACGCCGUCGUUUCCAAACUCAAGGAGUGGGCCCCAUGCCUCAUAGGAAAACCCAAUAAGAAGCCGCCAGCUCAUCAUCAACACGAAACUCCAACGACGACAACAGUUGUUGGUAAAACGACGUCGUUGGCUACUUCGUCGUCUCCGGAGAAGAUUGAGCGGUUGGCGACGGAGAAGGAAGAGAAGCUGUUGAGGGAGAGAUUAGUAAUGUACGGGCGGAGAGAGGGAAGGAGUGGAGUGGGGGUGGACGGCGGAGGGGAGGCGUCGGAGAAGGAGAAGGAGAAGGAAAGGUACACGUGGGGGGAUAAGUACAGGCCAAAAGUGCUGGAGGAUUUUAUAUGCAAUCGGCAAACGGCGUGUGAGUUGAAGAAAGUGGUGGAGGAGAAGGGUUGUGGGCAUUAUAUAUUCGAAGGACCGCCGGGAGUUGGGAAAAGGACGAUGAUUCAAGCUAUGCUCAGACAGGCUUUCGGUGAACAAGCAAUGGAGGUUAAGGAAGUUGGUAGAGUUUUUGCCUUGAAGAGUGAAAUGGUGGGGAGCAUUGAAGUAAAGGUGAAGGAAUCAUCUCAUUGUGUGGAAGUCAAUCUCUCACAAACCAAAGGCUUUGAGAAACAAGUCAUUGACCAGCUCAUCAAAGAAACUCAAUCCCCUUUGCCAUGUAAUCAUGCCAGAUGUCGAGGGAUAUUGUUAUGUGAAGCAGAUCAGCUAUCAAAUGAAACCCUAAUGUAUGUAAAAUGGGCAAUUGAGAGGAACAAAGGGUGCAGCAAAAUCUUCUUCUGUUGCUCUGAUGUCUCUAAGCUUCUUCUUCUUAGCUCUUUAUGCACUCACGUUCAUCUCUCCCCGCCUUCAAAGCAAGAGACUCAUCCAGUCAGUGGCUGA